CAGCCACGAGACGAGAGGUGAGAUCUCGACUUGGGAACUCUCACAAGAAGACGCCGAGAGGAGAGGAGAGGAUGCUGCUGAGGAGCUCCUCCACGCCAUUCCUGCGCUCCUUCCUCACCUCCUCCUCCUCCCCUACGCCCCCUUCCUCCCUCCAGCUCCGGCGGGCCUUCUCCGACGGCCACCUCCCUUCGCUCAACCCCUCCUCCUCCGGCGACAACGACAGCAACAGAACCACCGGCCUCCACACCGAGCUCUCCUUCUCUGUCUACAACACCUUCAGCAAGGCCAAGCUGGAGCCCCACCAGGAGCAGGAGAUGGAGGAGGAGCAGGAGCAGGCGCCGCAGCCUGAGCUGCCGGAGCUGCCGCUGUUCCUGGCGAGGGGCAUGGGGAUCGACCGCCUCGCCUCCGGCCUCUUCACCGCCGGCAUGGGCUCCGAGGCUGCCCUGGCCAGGAUGGCCAGCGGGGUGGACCAGAAGGCGGUGCUGGCGCUGGACGCCCAGUACAAGGAGAUGGUGGACGAGCAGCCCGGCAACGCCCUGUUCCUACGCAACUACGCGCAGUUCCUGCACGAGGUGAAGUGUGACUCGAGAAGGGCGGAGGAGUACUACUCGCGCGCGAUGCUCGCCGACCCAACCGACGGCGAGAUCAUGUCGCAGUACGCGAAGCUGGUGUGGGCGGUGCACCGCGACCACGAAAGGUCCCUCACCUACUUCCAGAAGUCGGUGCAGGCGGCCCCGCGGGACAGCCACGUCCUCGCGGCGUACGCCAGCUUCCUGUGGGAGCAGGACGAGGACGAGGACGACGACGGUGGUCUUGGGGGAGGCGAGCAGGGAUCACCCGGGCGUGCUACGCAGCCGAGGCAGCUGGCUUCCACGGCCGUUUGACUACCAGGGUGGCCGAGAUGGGCUAACGAUGUGCUUGCUGAGGAUGAUCAUGCUUGUAGUAUUGUGUUUCCGUGUAACCUGCAAAAUGUUUGGACGGUCGAGGUGCGUGCACUUGCUACAGAAUAAAGAACGUAAACGGUUGAGGGAA